AUGUCUGCAUCAACAACCGUUGCGUCAAAAGUCGUCGAGGUCAACGGCGUCUCACUUUCAUAUCGCGAAAGCGGGGAAGGCGAACCUCUGGUCUUGGUCCAUGGUCAUGUCUCUGAUCAACGCGCCUGGAUUGAUCUCGAACCCAAACUCGCCACCCAGUUCCACGUCUUCAACUAUAGUCGACGCUAUGCCUGGCCCAAUGAACCCAUCAAGGACGGUCAAGACGCACCCUGGGAGCAAGACGCCUUCGAUCUGGCUGCCCUUAUCGAGACUUUGAAUAUUGGCCCAGUCCAUGUCCUAGCCAACUCGUCUGGCGCGGUCAUCACGCUGUACAUUGCACGCAGAAAACCUCACCUUUUCCGAAACCUGAUGGUUGAAGAACCUCCCCUCGCUGGACUCUAUCUCCCAACUUUCCCUCCGCCAUUGACUCAUCUGCUAUCUUUCCUCAUCUGGCAUCCACUCACAUUUUGGCCCGUCAUGUCUUUCAGUGCCAACACGGUCGGGCCGACGAUCGCGCACUGCAAGAAGGGAGAAUACGACCAGGCCACGUCGGUCUUCUGCAGCGGAGUCAUGGGCCCCAAAUUCUGGCCUCGCAUUCAAGCGAACCCGGACCGUCUGCGACAGGUCGAGGACAAUGCCAAGUGGUUGUGCCACUUUUUCCGCUAUAAUUCCAUGCCCAAAUACGUGGCAGAGGACGCGCAGAACACCAAAGUGCCAAUGCUGGUGUUGGCGGGUAAGGAAAGCGGGGCUCAUCAGAGGUAUAAUGCCCACGAGCUUCACAGAGUCAGCGGCGCGACCAAGAAGAGAUUCGCGUUGAUUGAGGGUGCAGGGCACCUGAUGCAUGAGGACAACCCCCAAGGAGUCUUUGACGAGGUUGUGAGAUUUGUCUUUGGCGAUGCCACUGCGUAG